AUGUCCUCUGCACAAGACGAAUUCGAUCGCCUUAUCCAGGCUAAUAGAGAUUCAUCCCGCACUCACCCCGAAGACCGUGAUCAGUCUGACAACGAUUCUUCCCCCGCCGAAGAACACAACCACUCCGCAGUAGCAGACGAUCACUACGAACUAUCAGACGCCGAUUCCGACUACGGCGAUCACGUAAAGAGAGAUAACGACGCAAUGGUCUCUCGAACAGCUACGUAUACCGUCCCCACGACGGUGUUUGAAGCCAACACCGGGCCCAAGGGUGUCAUUGCAGAUGCGCAAUCAUUUGAGCGGGCACGGAAAAAGUCCUUUCGCAGGACACUGCUUAGUGCCGCGGGUCUAGAGUCGCAUUCGAGAUUGUUCGGAGUGAGCAAUAAUAUUACCUCGCAACAACAACAACAACCUAUUCAAACGGCGUCGAGUAGUCCCCCGAGUGACGAGGAUGAGGAGUUUAUGCGUCGCUGGCGUGAAUCGCGGCUUCAGGAAUUGCAGGAACGGAGUCAGCGGAGACCUAGUCCCUCGAAGCGGGUUUAUGGGAGGGUUGAUACGGUGGAUGCGGAGGGGUAUUUGAAUGCCAUUGAGCGAGUCGCAUCGGAUACUGUGGUUGUGGUCUGCAUUUAUGAUCCUGAGUCAUCCGUCAGUAGCCAGGUCGAAGACGCCAUUGAAGUUGUCGCGCGCAAACAGAGCACUACGCGCUUCGUUAAACUUCACCAUGAAAUUGCUGAAAUGAGCCAUAUUGAAGCCCCGGCUUUACUAGCUUACAAGGCCGGUGAUGUCAUUUGCACGCUGGUCGAUAUUCCGCGACAGAUUCCCCGUGGAGGCGAGAUCAGCGCGAAUAGCAUUGAAGAUUUAUUCAAACAGUACGUUACCUCCUUCUGUUAA